AUGGCGACGCGUGGCGACGCAUGGCGACUCAUAACGACGCGUGGCGGCAACCUGACCGUCCGCCAGCGUCGCACCUUGACGCCCGGCCGCGAAUCACGGAUGGUUGCAUUGGGACGCAUGGCGGAGUAUGGCGAAUCGCGGCGACGCAUGGUUGCAUGGCAACGCGUGCCGUGUCUCACGGGCGGAUGCCGCGUUUCACGCGCGGAUGCCGCGUCUCACGGGCGGAUGCCGCAUCUCACGGGCGGAUGCCGCGGCGCUAGCUGCAACGACUCAUCCACGUGUGCAGCUCACGGCGUGGAAGCGGGAGCGGGAGCUGACGGCGCUACCUGCAACGACUCAUCUUAUGUGCUCACGGCGUGGAAGCGGGAGCGGGAGCUGACGGCGCUGGCUGCAACGACUCAUCUUACGCGGUACGCUGUCAAUUCCGGUUUCCUUGUGUUCUUUUUCCCAGAUUCUAACUUCGUGCUUUGUUCUCUGUUUCAGGGCGAAAUAAUGCACACUGGCCUCACGGUUCGGAAGCGGGAGCUGACUGCGCUGGCUGCAACGACUCUCAUCCACGUGCGCAGGAGUGUACGGCACUGGCGGCGACGGGAGUUCAAGCUUCGAGAGUACAGGAGCUGCGGGAGAGGGCGGGAGCCAACGGCGCUGGCGGUACAAACAACGCUGGCGGGGACAACGACGCUGGCGGGACAACAACGCUGGCGGGGAAAACGACGCUGGCGGGACAACAACGCCGGCGGAAACAACGGCGCUGGCGGGGACAACAACGCUGGCGGCGAGGAGCUUGGAGGAGGAGUUAUCGGGCGAGAGCCUCGUUACGUAGUUUCGGGCGAGGACGGCAUAAUGUUGUCUGCAGCGAUGAUGACAAACGAGGCAAGCCGAUUCGUCUUAUUUGGCUCUGAUUUCGCUCCUCGUUUCUGUCGCUCCGUCAGGUUUGCUGUAGCUCCGUCAAAGCUUUGCGCCGUUGUGCUCGUGUGUUCCUUCCUGUCAUGCUCUUGGUAUGUGUGCUCGUGUGCACGCGCAUGCAUGCAUGUGGCAUGGUCUUGGUGUACGCGCACACAUGCAUACAAGCAUGCAUGGUUGUGGUAUGUGGUCUGCCUCAGGCAGAGCGACAGGCGAAGCGUCAGGCGAAGCGUCACGCGAAGCGUCAGGCGAAGCGGGGACGAUUGGCCGGGCGGCAUUAUCUCGCCUGCAGCGAUGAUGACCUACGAUGCAAGCCGAGGAGCAGCGCAAGGGGGCGAUAGUGGAGGCCCUGACGCAUUUGUCGGUGCUCCCAGCCAAUGCUGUGCUCCUCUUGUGCUGCUUGCGGUGUGCUGCUUGCGCUGUGCUGCUUGCAGUGUGCUGCUUGCGGUGUGCUAUUUCUUGCUACACGUGGGAUGGCAGGAGGAGCAGCGCAAGUGGGCGAUUGUGGAGGCACUGACGCACUUCGCAGUGCUCUCGGCCAAUGCCAUGGCGACAGGUGUCACCACCACGCGCAUGCGCCUGCAGCUCAUGAAACUGGUGGACGAUAUGAGACCCGCGUGUAAGCAGGAUUUUGAGUGCCUCAACUCGGACAGUGCAGAUUUUCCGCGGGAGUGUGCAGAUGAACUGUGGGUCGCAGCGGUGAAACCCAAUUCUGGACUCGACUUGGUCACAGCGGUGAAACCUAUCGACAAGAAAGCUCAAAGUGAGCUCGUGAGCACAGGGCGAGUUCCAGCCGUGAAGCAGAGGGACGGUCACGAGGAGUGCUUGCAAUUGCCUGUUGGUCAUUGUGUGGAACCUUAUGAAAUUGGUGCAUUACAGGCAUUUUGGCCAGAUCUGGCCUAG